CUUCUCUCUGCCCCUCCGCUACCACACACCACCUCUAUGGCAGACAAAAGGAAAGUAGGCCUGCUGGGCGGUGGCCAGCUGGGUCGUAUGCUUAUUGAGGCCGCGAAUCGGCUCAACAUUCAAGUGAAUGUGCUGGACGUAGAAGGCGCACCCGCCAAGCAAGUCUCCUCGCACGACGGUCACAUCGCGGGAUCUUUCAAAGACGCAGCUGCAGUGAAGAGACUGGCACAAGCAAGCGAUGUAGUAACUGUGGAGAUUGAGCAUGUAGAUACGCACAUGCUGGAAAAUGUAUCCGGAGAGGUCACGGUCGAACCCAGCUGGCGGACGCUGCGCAUCAUCAAGGACAAAUUUGCGCAGAAGCAGCACCUCAAGAGCCACGGGGUUGCGGUUGCCGAGAGUGUGGAUUUGGAGGGCAAAGGAAUGGAGGGUCUGAAAGAGGUGGGAACGGAGUUCGGGUAUCCGUAUAUGCUGAAGAGCAAAACGGAGGCGUACGAUGGACGGGGCAACUUUGUCGUCCGGAGCGCUGGGCAGGUCGAGGCGGCGUACAAGGCACUGGGGGACCGGCCGCUGUAUGCGGAACGCUGGGCGGAUUUCCGGAUGGAGCUUGCGGUCAUGGUGGUCAAGACGAAGGAUGGAGUGCUUACGUUCCCGACCGUCGAGACUGUGCACGAGGACAGUAUCUGCAAACUUACGUAUGCGCCGCCGCGCCACGUGAAGAAGGAGACGGCAAAGAGAGCGCAGGAGCUGGCGAGAAAAGCAAUUGGGGCGUUCGAGGGGAAGGGCGUCUUCGGCGUGGAGAUGUUUCUGCUCAAGGAUGGGAGUCUGUUGGUCAACGAAAUUGCGCCGCGGCCGCACAAUUCGGGUCACUACACCAUCGAGGCGUGUCCCAUCUCGCAGUAUGAAGCCCACCUGCGAGCGAUUCUGGAUCUCCCCCUCCCGGAGGCGGGACUAAGACUCAGAGAACCUGCCAUCAUGCUCAACAUCCUAGGAGGCAACACACCGGACUCGCACAUCAAGGUCGCCAACAAGGCCCUCGAAUUCCCCAAUGCGUCCACACACCUCUACGGCAAAGGUGAAGCCCGACCAGGCCGUAAGAUGGGCCACAUCACUGUCACGGCGCCCACUCUCGCCGCCGCUGAAAAGGAAAUCCAACCCCUCAUCGACCUCGUCGACGACAUGAAGGGCAAAGCCCUGGGGCCCAACGAAGCUCCACGCAAAGAAGAUCCCCUCGUAGCCGUCAUCAUGGGAUCAGACUCUGACCUCCCCGUCCUCCGACCCGGUCUUGAAAUCCUCGAGAAGCUACGGAUCCCCUUCACCGUGCGCAUCACCUCGGCGCACCGCACGCCAGAUUGGCUCCGCGAAUUCUCCAAGAGCGCCGAAGAAACCACCAUUAAAGUUAUCAUCGGUGCGGCCGGUGGCGCGGCCCAUCUCCCUGGGAUGUGCGCGUCCUGGACCACGCUGCCGGUUAUCGGUGUCCCCGUCAAGGCGACGCAUCUCGAUGGCGUGGACAGCUUGUACUCGAUGACGCAGAUGCCGAGGGGCGAGCCUGUCGCUACUGUGGGGAUCAAUAAUAGUACGAAUGCGGCGCUGUUGGCUGUGAGGAUCCUGGGCGCAGCGGAUGAGGAUGUGAGGGAGAGGCUGGCGGAGUGGAUGAAGGGGAACGAGAGAGAGGUGCUGAGGAAGGAUAGGCAGUUGCUGGAGGAUGGGUAUGCAGUUUAUCUGAAGGGGAUGGAGAAGUAGGGUAGACGGGGCAUUCAAAAAAUGCGGGGGACUCUUUUGUUUGUAGAAAAUGUUUCAAACCUGCUCA